AUGGAACAAGACAAUUAUAAUAAUAUAAUUAGUAGUAUAGUUGGUUGGAUUGGUAGUGUUACAGCAAUCAGUCAUAAUAAAAGAGGUAGAAAGUAUGGUGAAAUCAAUUCAUUAUCAUUUCUUAUAAGUAAUGGGUAUAUAGAGUUACUUAGGUAUAAAGUGAAACGUGGUGAACCUCUGACAUACUAUAUACACUCGUUUGGCAAGCAGCAGAUGGCUGCUAUUGGUAACCUCCAACUAUUCCAAGAAUGCUUUCCUUUGAAAUCAUUACGAUUCUUUGGACAGACAUCAUUUGAUUCAUUGAUGGAAGCAAGCUCUAGCCAAAAGGACAAGACACAGAGAGAAGAGUUGUGCAAGAUUGUAGAUUAUGUGUUAAAAGGUUGCCAGAACAAGUUGGUGGUACUCAAUUCAAACACACUUGAACAUAUCCUCAUACACAACAAUAUCGAGUUGCUGAAAGAACUGACCAAUCCAAAGACUGGCUUGAUUCGAUUGGACAAUAAAUCAGCAGCUGACGAACUCAUUGAAAAGGAAUUUCUGGUUCGAGAGUCAUAUGAAACAGAGAUAUCUCAAGAUGAUGCUAUUGGAUACUUGUACCAUCAUAUACCAAACAAACUAUUCUACUCGUUAUUCCAAUCCGCACAAGGUGUCAUGUUGGUCAGUGGAAACAAAGGUGUCAUCGAUCUAUUUCUUCAAAAGAAUCUGGUCAAGUUUAUAUCACCGUUUGGAGGGGUGUGGAGCAUGUUAGACCCACAACAUAGAGAUCAGCUUUGGCAAAGAGUGACCGAGAUUAUGUUUGACCUUGCACACCACUCUCCAUACCUCACAAAGUGUAUUGCAGAGUAUAAUGUUUUGCUAGGAGACCACCAUCGCAACGACCGUGACAAGCUAAUCACAUUACUCAAAUUGUUUGUCUUUGAAACAUCGAUUCAAAGUCAACGUAUAGUGUUGGAACAAAUCAUCGGAUGGAAUAUAAAAGAGGUGUUGCAAUACUUGUUUCUUUGUGCUGACAAGACAAUGCCUCUCUAUGACACGAUUCUCAACUGUGGAACACUCGAUCAAAUCAAAGACUUUUUAGUAUCAGAGACUCCCCAAAGUCUUACGACGCAACCAUAUACACGCGACUUUGAUAUACUCCACUAUCUACUCGGGCAUCCUAAAAUGAGGGAUGUAGCUAUAUCCAAGUACCAGUUUACCUCACCUGCAUCACUCGAGGUGCUGCUCGACGAUACCAUUGCACGCGGUGAUGAUCCAUCACUCCUAUUUGCCAAAAAAUGCGUUCCUCUUAUCCACGGUAUAGUAGACUGUUUGGAAACGAUUGUUGUCAAAUACCCUAGUCUCCGCAAAGCUGCCAUUGAAAAAUAUCUAAAUCAUCAUGUCUAUUACCUUUCCACCAGGAGUUACUAUGCCAGUCACUCCCAACUCUCGGCAAUUCAAUCCAUUCUAUCUAUCUUUAGUAGUCCAGAAAUGGUACAAUAUCUAUUUGGAAACACACCCAAUAUCAAGACUAUGGAUGAUCUGAUUGUUCUCAGAGAGCAUUUGUCUCUUACAACAGACAAAAAUAUUCAGUCUGAUUUAAUUGAAAAAGCUCUCACCAUCUCAGCUAGUACUACCGACGAGAAUGUGUUUGAUCAACUAUACCAACUCUACAACACCUACUCCAACAAAUAUAAAUAUCUACGUCUAAGUAUUUUGGAUGGAAAACAAAAAUUAGUUUAUUUUGAUCAACUUUUGAAUAAUCAAGAGUCCUCAAAUCCCAAUCAAUCCAAAUUACAAUUUACAUUGUCGACUGAUUUUGGUGUUCAAUACAAGAUGACUCGAUUCGUGUAUCCUCUGUACACUCAAUACAUUACUCCAAGAAGCUACACUGCAUAUGGAGCAUAUGGUUUGAUUCUAAGUGAUUAUCCAGAGGUCAUUCAACUCUAUAUCGACCAUCAAAAAGAUCUUCCCAAAGCCAGGGUAUUAUUUACCAGUUGUAUGUACCGUUUUGUGAAAAACGAUAGUUUACAAGGAUUUAAACUAUUAUUGGCUCAUUUGGAAGGAAGUGGUCAUUCAUUGACAACAAACAUGUUUAGAAGAAUGGUCAAAACUGCCUUUUUCUAUGGUUCAUUGUCAGUAUUCAAGUAUCUUUGUCAGAAAUUUACAGCUGCCAUGCCGUAUUGCGUCAAUUGGAAGAAUCUAAAUAAUAUAUUCUUGGAAGAGUACGAGACAUUCUAUGGAUGCAAACUCCCACUAUUAGAGUAUUUAAUAGACUCUAAUCUACUAGUAGUCAAUGAAACUAUCGUUAAUCAUCGUACAUACCAUACAUUUUAUCAACGCUAUGGUCAAUAUUGUAAUGACCCAAAACAUCUUAGAUUCCCAACACCAAUCAAAAAAUCAACUACUCUAAAAAAAUUAAAAUGUAAAUGUUUUAUUUGUGGUGUAGUGUAG